GGGUGGAGCUUGAACUAAGCUCAGACAGUAAAUUCCUUUGCCUUAAAGCGUCUGAGUGCCUGUUUAUAGCGAAGCUGCUUCCAAGUUCAUUCCGGCAUCUCCUGGGAGAAGCAGGAGCUGAGAAGCAUGUCGGGGAAGCCCAGGCUUGUCUACUUGAAUGGAAGAGGGCGAAUGGAGUGUAUACGAUGGCUGUUGGCAGCAGCUGGUGUGGAGGUCAGUUGAUGCUUGGCACAGUGUCUCAAGUGAUGAUUUCCUUUGGCCUUCGUUUGAAGAAGUUUUUUUGGAAACAAGAGAGGAGUACCAAAAGUUAAUCAAAGAUGGAGAUCUGAUGUUCCAGCAACUACCCCUGGUUGAGAUUGAUGGGAUGAAGAUGGUGCAGACCAAAGCCAUCCUCAGCUACAUAGCAGGGAAAUACAGCCUGUAUGGGAAGGACCUGAAGGAGAGAGCCCUGAUUGACAUGUAUGCGGAAGGAAUAGCAGACCUGAUGCAAAUGAUUUUGAUGUUUCCUUUCUCUCCACCUGAGGCAAAGGAGAAAAAUAUUGACUCAAUUAAGGAGAGGGCAACUAACAGGUACUUCCCAGUCUUUGAAAAGGUCCUGAAACAACAUGGCCAAGACUUUCUGGUGGGCAACAAAUUCAGCUUGGCAGAUGUUCAGCUAAUUGAAGCCAUUUUAGCAGUGGAGGAGAAAGUACCUGCUGUGCUGUCUGGGUUUCCUAAGUUGCAGGCUUUUAAAACAAAAAUGAUCAAUAUGCCUACAAUUAAGAAGUUCCUGCAGCCUGGCAGCCCAAGGAAACCCCCACCAGAUGCCUGCUACGUGGAAAAAGUGUUGAAGAUUUUUAACUGAAGGCCUUCCUAACUUCAAUGAGAGUCAAAAUACUAAGAAGAAAAACCCCAAAACAACAACCAACAAGAAACAAAACCCCAACCCCAUCUGACCACCAAAGGAAGUAGGAAUCAGUAUCGUUGUAGUUAAAAGCAAUGCUUAAAAAACCCCACCUAACAGCAAAAUAAAGCAUUGUGAUUCCUCUGACAA